AUGGUUGAGAGCACCCUUCCUGGUGGUUCUGUCGAUACCCGCGUAUUCGACCCUCCUGCAGUCAUCACCACCGACCAUGUCGAGUACGACAAAUACACGGUUAAUGAAUACGACCUAGGUCCCAAGGUUGGCCAGGGAAAGAACGGAGUCGUAUAUCAGGCUCGCAGCUCCUUGAACCCAAACAGAAUACUGGCUAUCAAGGUCGUGCGUCGCGAUUCUCCUCAAGCCAAAAGGAACAGGAAAUACGAGCAGCUACGGCGUUCCCACAUUCCUCGACAUACAGAUCCCACGCUUGGAGAUGCUAUUCACUCAGCAGAAGGCAAAAUUCUCAAAGAAAUAGCUAUUAUGAAGAAACUUCGCCAUCCACAUGUUGUUAGACUAUUUGAGGUGCUGGACGACCGGGUCAUUGGCAAGAUAUUCAUGGUGAUGGAAUACUGCGCAGGUGGGGAAGUUGAAUGGACCAACGAAGGCAACCCUGUCUCUACGGUGGAGCAGACUCGUCGCAUCAUACGGGACGCUAUACUUGGCUUGGACUACCUUCACGCCCAGGGUAUCAUCCAUCGGGAUAUCAAGCCAGCUAAUUUGUUGUGGACCGCACACCGUCAGCAUGUCAAGAUUGCCGAUUUUGGUACCUCGCAGUUCUCCUAUGCACUACGGCUUUCCCAUGCCGGACCUUCCGCCCAGGAUGAUCUCGAGGACCCCAUUCUUCUUACAGAUACCAACCUAGCUAUCAGAGCUGGGACGCCGAUGUUCAUGGCGCCCGAGGUUGUUUACGAUUCCGUCUGCAUAGAUCAGAACCCUCCCCCUCCACCUCAGCCUAUUACCAAUGCCAUUGACGUCUGGGCCCUUGGGGUCACACUCUAUUGCCUGCUCUUUGGCAAGGUACCCUUUGCCCCCAAGGAAGGUGGCGCUGGCAGUGAAUGGAAAGUGUAUCGGCGGAUAUAUUAUGACGACUGGGAGGCCGAAGAGUACAUGGGUUAUGAUCGCAUCCCUACUGGCGGACGCUAUCCCACUGACGAACACUCGGAGGGUGGAAUCGUUAUGCAUCUUCUCGACCAUUUCCUUGCUAAGGACGUGAAGCUCCGUAUUACUCUCAGCGAAGUCCGAGUACGCCCCAUUUCCUUUCAUCAUGCCUUCUCCAUUAACCAUACAUUGACGCAGUGCAGUCCCUGGUUUCUUCAUGACCUUCCCAACCCCGACACAUGGCUCCAAGAGACGUCACAAAAAAUCAUCGUCUCUCCGGAGGAAGAGCGCAAGGCGAUCUCUAUGAUUCACUUCAGAUGGCGGGCACGAAUUCAGCGUGGGAUGACCAAAAUCACGAAGCGUAUUCGUGCUGCUACACCAGACUUGACGAGCACACUUACACCUAGCCAUAACGAUAGACAUGGCAAAGGCAGCAAUGGCAGCGCUUCUAUGGUACGACAUCGCAGCAUUACUAGGCAUUUUGGCUCAGGACGAGACAAGGGGAAGGGAAAAGCAACAGACAUGUCUUCUUCACCUACCCUCUUUUCUUCCAACGCUGCUCGCAAAAAAGUGAAGUCGCGAUCGAUGUCUACCGAUCGGUCUGGGUUGCGAGCUCGUGGGUCCACCAGCAUCAGCCGACAUUCCUCUAUCAGGUCUCGAAGCGACCAUGAUUCAACAACCAUUACCUCCACAAGCGCAUCUAGAUUCACUUUUACACUCCCAGCAUUUCUCAAAAGGUCUAGCCGAAACAGUACACCAAAGUCCCUUUCCCCCGACGAUAGCGACAGCAACCAAACUCGGUCGCUGAAAUUCUUCGGCCCUCCCCGACCCCACGCUACGCGCACUGCUCGCGCCAGUGCAGAAGCUCUGCGCUACCAUCAUCCAUCUGCAGAUGCUAGCGACAUCCUGACUGCAGAUCGGCGUGUUUCCAGCUGGGGAGACCAUCCAAUUGAAUUUCGGAACGAUAGUUUCGAUAUUGAAUGGAAUGACGAACAGAGCGAGGCGGUCAAUCGAUAUGAUUCAUCUUUCAAUUCCCUCAUAUUCGGCCGUUCAUCUGACUCCCCGGAUAGUGAUGAUCGCGGAGUCGGGUCAUCCAAUUUGUUCCAGUCCACAUCGCGAGUGAUCGACGCGAGACCGCCGCGAAACACUUCAUUUGAUUUUGAGGACGAUGACUCGAGCUCGUUUGGAGACCACGGGAACCAUUCGUCUUUUUACGGUUGCGACGUAAAUGGCGAAGAAGAGGACGAAGAAGAUGCUGGAAUUGUAUUUUCUCCCGGUCGAAAGCGUGUACCAGAUCAUCAGGGUUGA